CCAGUCCCAGCGUAUGAGAAACCGACACGUGUCCACCGUUUUUAGCAUGAAGAAACAGAACCCGCCACGCCCUUUUUUCCUCAGCCUGUUUCUCUCUCUCUCAAAACCUCUCCUUUCUCUCUCUUCUAUGGCUUCUCUCCGCUUCCAGGACUGAUUUAGGAUCUCCCGAUGACGAAGGAGAGGGCAUUACUGGAAUUUCACUGAAAACGAAUCCCCUUCUCGUAAUUCUCGUCUUUCUCUUUCUGGGAAGCGACUCGGUCCGUCCGAUCAUGGGGUACAUAAACUCCGGUAUAUCUGCGAGCGGGCCGCGGGUCGAAGAAUCUCCCGUCAGCGGCGGAGGCCUUAGUCAGAAUGGGAAGUUUAGCUACGGAUAUGCAAGCUCUCCAGGGAAAAGGGCUUCAAUGGAAGACUUUUAUGAAACCAGAAUUGAUGGUGUCGAUGGCGAAAUAGUUGGUCUGUUUGGAGUAUUUGAUGGUCAUGGCGGUGCUCGAGCCGCAGAGUAUGUUAAACAAAAUCUCUUCAGUAAUUUGAUCAACCAUCCAAAGUUCAUUUCUGAUACCAAAUCAGCUAUCGCCGAUGCUUACAACCACACAGAUUCGGAAUUUCUCAAGACAGAUGUCACUCAUAACAGAGAUGCUGGCUCAACAGCUUCCACUGCAAUUCUUGUUGGGGAUCGUUUGCUGGUUGCGAAUGUUGGGGACUCAAGGGCUGUUAUCUGCAGGGGUGGAAAUGCUAUAGCUGUUUCACGGGAUCACAAGCCAGACCAAACUGACGAACGGCAACGGAUUGAGGAUGCUGGAGGAUACGUGAUUUGGGCCGGCACUUGGCGCGUUGGUGGUGUACUUGCUGUCUCCCGUGCAUUCGGUGACAGGCUCUUGAAGCAAUUUGUUGUUGCAGAUCCGGAGAUUCAGGAAGAGGUGGUCGAUAGCUCCCUCGAGUUUCUUAUCCUUGCGAGUGACGGACUGUGGGACGUUGUUACAAACGAGGAGGCAGUUUCCAUGAUUAAAUCCAUCGAAGACCCUGAACAGGCGGCAAGGAGGCUGAUGCAGGAAGCCUAUCAAAGAGGCAGUGCAGACAACAUCACCUGUGUCGUGGUCCGUUUCUUGGCCUGCCAAGAGGAACCAAUUCAGCAGCAGAGCUGAGAAAGCACAUCUGUCUUGUUGCACACUCUCGUUCUUGGGUCCAGAUUGAGGCAUCUGGAUCCGAUGGCAGCUGACCUGAAAUAAAAUUGUUACCAAGAGAAGUGAUUGUAGAAUCCGAGGCCGGAAUGUGGUAAGGUAGGGUAAGGACUUCUCUCAGACCUCUGAAAGGCAGAUAUUGUAUGAUUUGAGGGAAACCCUACUUUCAUCUCUGUAAGGCUACUAACCCUUAUGCUAUGGUUAUGGAAAGAUCGCAUGAUGGUGUAUGUAUGAUUAUGUAAAGACAGCUUUAUCUUUGCUUGCUUGAUCGAUGUAGUUCAAAAUGCCUUCACUUCCAAAAUAGUCGAAUUCAGUUUAUUUUGAAAAUGGCAGAACAGGAUUCAUGUUUCCGAGA